AUGUCUGAAUUGAGACAAAGAAAGCAGGGGGUGGGGUCACCCGCACCCGAUCUGGACGUCAAAUUAUUGAACAAUUCAUAUGAUAGUAAAAAGAUACACAACGAUGAGGACAUUACAGAUCUGGACGGCACAGACUGGUUGAUUGCGGCAGCGUUCACUGUGUUAGGAAUGCUGACUAGGUUCUACCGCAUCGCUGAGCCGCCUGAAAUUGUUUUCGAUGAG